CUGCGACCCCUACGCGACGCCGGGGGCGAGCUGGCCAACCUCAGCCAGGCGGAGCUGGUGGACCUGGUGCAGUGGACCGACCUGAUCCUCUUUGACUACCUGACAGCGAACUUCGACCGGCUCGUGAGCAACCUCUUCAGCCUGCAGUGGGACCCGCGCGUCAUGGCCCGGCUGCGGCGCCUCUACCGGCGCCACGAACCUCGCUUCCCCGAGCUGGCCGCUCUCGCCGACCCUCACUCUCAGCUGCUGCAGCGCCGCCUCGACUUCCUCGCCAAGCACAUUUUGCACUGCAAGGCUAAAUACGGCCGUCGGCCGGGGUCCUAACAGUAUCCUGGGAGGAGGGGGAGAUUUGGACGGGGAAAAGCUGUCACCUGUGCCAGUGACUGGGACCAGUUGGCCAACGCCCAGCCAAGUGGCUCCGGGCGCAGAAGUGUCUAAAACUUCUGCUUCACCCACCUGCCCUUUUCUUUUAAUCCCACGCUGUUUCCUUUCAAAGUCUGGGAGGGCAAACUCACCGAGGCGAGAAGUAUUAACAUUCCCUCCACCCAGUUUAUAAAAGGAUUAUUUCCGGUGCCGGCCAGGAGAUGGGAUCCGAAGAAACUGGCUGCUUGGCUUUGCCCCCAGCCGGGAUGGUCCCAGUGAAAGAUGCACUCCCUUCUUAGGACACCUCCUCCCACUCCCAUUCCAAAAAAGGAAAACUUCCGUUUGAGCCGUUGAGCUAAUUCUGCAGUUUCCUACAAAACGCAGCCGCGCUGGUGGCCCAGGAGUGGGGCUGUUACAUUGGCUGGUGGAGCCCCCUUCCUGUCUUCUCCCUUUGUUCCAGAGCCGUGAUGGUGAGAUCACUGUUCAGAGCUGGGGGACGGCCCCUUAGUACAAAGAGAGCAAGACCUCCGCACCCCCGGGAGCCCUACAGUUUGUCUGACUCAAACCAGCUCUCCUCAUUUGGGCCUGAAGGCUAUGAAUUCAGGACUGGCCUUAAGCACUGAGUCAAAUAAUGAAUUGCUUCUUCCCCCUCCCGACUGACCAAAAUUUCGACAAUGAUAAUGUUCACUAGAAGGAAAAAAAUCAGUUCUGUGCACUUUACGUUGUUAUUUUAAUUUUUUAUUAAGAAAAACUUUUUUUAUUUGACAGAAUUUGCCUUCUAUGUAUAUAUGUGCAUAAAGGGUGGUGUAAAUAUACUAAACAAACUUAUAUUUCAAUAAAAGGGAG